AUGGCACGGUGCGACUCAGAAAGCGAGUUGACUGAGUUGAGCCAGAAGGAAGAGAAGGAUGCAGAGGAGGAGAUCACAACCGAUGAUGAGAUCUUCUGGCAGACCCAACCUCGACUUUGCCCGCCUGAACCCGGAUAUUUCUCUUCAACGUGGGUCCUCGCAGCACCGGCAAUCCCGGUGCUUCUCUUGGAGGAGUUCCCGACCCCGAGCACCACGGCGGCCGGAAGCCCAAGGAGUACGACGCCUCUGACGCCUCUCUCGCCUCUCCUUCCGCAGCUCCAGCUCCCCGAGGCCCAGGCCGACAGCUCCCAGGGGCCCAAACACUACCCCGAAAACUUCGGGGACGCGCGGCAUCCGAACUGCAGGCCUUGCAACAAGCAGGGGAAGUGCAAGCACUGGCAGCUCGGCGGCUGCAGGUACUGCCAUCAUCCGAGCCACCACGCCUUGAGCUGCAGCCGUGGCCAGCGGCGCCGCGACAGCGCAGCUCGACGGGCGCUUGAGCGGGACACGAUGUUCCAAAGGCUUGCGCAGGAAGCGACGAAAGUCAUCCGCAUGGAUUGGCAGCAGGAGGACCGCGUGAAGGUGGUGCGCCGGCUGGGCGAGCAGGCCAUCAAGAUGAAGGGCCGUGUGAAGACGCAGCACUUCGAGGGCCGCAGCCCGGAGAAGUGGCUGAUCGGGCGUCUGGCGCACCUCACAGAAGAAGACGAUCGCCUGGGCAUGCUCAGAGCCUUGGUUGAGGCUCAGGAGAUGCGACCAGAGCCGGUGAGCCGCGCAUGA